AAUCUCAUGUUCCUGAGAGUCCCUACCUCUUUGUCUCUCACGACCCCACACGUGUCACUUUCAGUCACUUCCAUUUAUAAUUGCAUCUCACACACACUCACUCACUCAAAACCUAUUUUGUAUUCUUUACUAGCUUUCUUCUUCUAACUCUUCACUCUUUUAUCAUACCUUGUUUAGCUUCUGAUUUGUUCACGUGUCUCUGUCUUGUCUUGUCCCAUAAUCCUUAAACCCUUCACUCAACACACUUAACAAAUUCUAAUUAACAUCAUUACAAAAUACUAAAAAAUUCUCAGUAUAAUAAUAUCACCAAAAACUCUUUCCUCUCUGUCUCUAUUACACAAUGAAGACUAAAAGAGCUUUACCCUCUCCUACCUCACUCCUCUUCCAUCUCCUGAUAACACCUCUCUUCCUCUGCGAAGCCAACACAGUCUCAAUGCCUCCUUCUGAGUCAGAGACUCUCUUCACAAUCAUGGACUCAAUGUCAUCAGAUCAACAAUGGCGUCGCUCUCACCCAAACCCCUGCGCACCUGGCUCGUCCUGGCCGGGUAUCGAAUGCAAAACCGGUCCAGACCGGUUACCUCACGUCUCAAGACUCGAUUUCGGCUCAGCUCCUAACCCAUCUUGUAAAUCCUCAGCUUCGUUCCCUCACCUAAUCUUCUCCCUCCCUUUUCUCCAAUCAGUCUUCUUCUUCAACUGCUUCACUCACCUCCCAACCACAAUCAUCUUCCCCAUCAAGCUCCUCCCUAACUCCUCUCUCCAACAGCUCAGCCUCAGAUCAAACCCUUCCCUCUCAGGUCAAAUCCCUCCUCUCAUCUCAUCCCUCACAUCCUUACAAAUCCUCACCCUCUCACAGAACAAACUAACCGGAGCCAUCCCUCCCGUUCUCUUCUCCUUAAAAAACCUCCUCCACCUCGACCUCAGCUACAACAAGCUCACAGGCACCAUCCCACUCCAACUAGGUAACCUCAACAGCCUCCUCGGGCUAGACCUAAGCUACAACUCCUUAACGGGCCUCAUCCCCCACACAAUCUCCCAACUGGGCACGCUUCAAAAACUCGACUUGAGCUCGAACGCUCUCUCCGGAGCCAUCCCGCAAGGCCUCGAAAAGCUUCGGUCUUUAUCGUUUAUAGCGCUGAGCAACAACAGACUCAGAGGAGCUUUCCCGAAAGGACUCUCGAAGCUCGAGAGCUUACAGUACUUCAUAAUGGAUAACAACCCGAUGCACGCGCCCCUCCCCGUCGAUCUGGGGCUCCUCCCGAAGCUUCAAGAGAUCCAGCUCGAGAACUCUGGUUACUCCGGCGUGAUCCCGGAGAGUUACACGAGGCUGAUGAAUCUCAGCUCGUUGUCUCUGGCCAACAACAAGUUAACGGGAGAGAUCCCACCAGGGUUUGAUUCUUUGCCUCACGUUUUCCAUCUGAAUCUCAGCAGGAACUCGCUGAUCGGUGUGGUUCCGUUUGAUUCGAGUUUUUUGAGACGGUUGGGUAAGAAUUUGGAUUUGAGCGGGAACAGAGGGUUGUGUCUGAAUCCGGAGGAUGAGUUUAGUGUCGUUAAGACAGGAGUUGGUGUCUGCGGGAGGAAUGUUACUAGUGGUCCGUCGCCGAAGAUAUCUCAAGCGUCUACUUCUCGGUGUUGUUACGGAUCUUGCUUGUUGGCUAAUGCUCUGUUUCAGGUGGUUCUGUUUCUGGGAUUACGUCAUCAUCGGUAAUAAAAAGAAACAGAAUAAAGACAAUUUAAAUCUUAGGUCCCUGAAAAAGAGAGGAGAUUUGUGUUUGUUCCCAAAGUAGACGAUGGUUUCAAUGUAGUUAAUGUUGUUUUUUAGUUUAAAUAUUUUCAGAUUAUUAAUAAAAUGUUCAAGUCA